CGCCCCGGCGCACGGACAGACGAUCGCGGACGGCCGACAACGACGCGGCUCAUAGCAAUCCACCGCGGACCCGGUCCAACCGCCCGACGACGACGACGACGACGACAUGGUCACCGCUGCAGUCAACGGGUAAUGUUUCCGCACUGUUAUCAUAAUAUUAUCGUUACUGUUACCGUUAUGGCGCGGCCCGCCUCACCGCGAUAUAUCGCCGGUUUUUAAUUUUUUUUUUUUCCUGACCCGCCCGCCGCCGUUUUCCGUAAUACACUGGCGCGGGGAAUUUCAAUGCACGGCCGCGGACACCCGGCAGUGUUUAUCCGGGCUAAGCCGCGCGGGCAUUACGGCGGCGCGUUCGGAAUGUUUGAACAGAGAAACGGAAAAGACACCCACGAGCCCGAACCGCCGCGCGUCACGCCCGAACGUAUCGAACGGCGCGGCAUGUUAUUGGACGGCCGAAAUAUCGCGAAAAAAUACACACGCCGAGCCGUACCGUGUUCGCGGCCCGCGGCGACGGCGACAUUUGCCGCGAUCGGUUUCGCAAACGCGCGUUUAUAUUACUAUCGGGAGGCGUCGAUGUUCGCCGGAUCCCGAAUAAUGCGUUGGGAACGCGCGCGAAUGUUCGGGCAACAGUGCCGAACGCGUUUGCGAUUCGACGCCGGUUCCUUCCCGCCGUAGUUUUCAACAACCCGUACGAAUCCGAAUUCGGUUGAUUAACAAAAUAAUCGUGUUUAUCGAUACAGUAAUAUGCACUAUUCUUGGUUGAAAAUUAUGGUAAAUUUCGAUUUUCUCGAACAUUCGGGUAAUAUGUGCGUAGACCAUAAAAAAAAAAAAAAUUUCUUUGUCAUACUUUGUAUUUUAUUUGUACGGGAUUGUUGAGCUCAUGCAACAAUCCCAUCGAAUAUUGUUUCACGAAAAACAAAUUGACCGUUUUACGAACGGCGAUUUAAAAUGAAUUUGUACGCAUUUUAUUUAUUUAUUAUUUUUUAAUAUUUUAAAGACCUUUUUUGUUGCGUUUUUAAUCUAGUUGGCGGACGAGAAAGUCGUUUUUUGAUUUUUCGCGUAAUUUUUUGAAUAAUUUAACAAAACCGCAAAAACAGGUUAGAAUGAGAAUCGGAAAUAAUGGUUGUUUUUUUUUUUUUGUUGUCAUUCAGUUGGAAAUAAUCGUAAAGUCUUAAAAUUCGGAUAGUUAAUUAAUAUUUGCCUUUUCUAGAAGUGGUAAAAUGUUCAAAACAUUUUAGCCAUUUUCGAAUUAUUCGAAGAUAUUUUAAUUUUGCGAAUUUUUCUUCGGUAGGUAGGUAUAAUUUGUGGAUUAAAUUGUUCGACUAAACAGAAAUGCUUGAAAAUUUGAUAAAAGGUUCAUUAUAAGUCGUUCUUUGAGGUUAAAAAAAUAAAAUUUGAAGUUUAUGUAAUUUUUUUUUUUCUGAUAAAGGAAUUUUGACGAAAAUCGUAAAUUUACGACCUUUUAAAGCAUAUUAUGUAACCAAACUCCGCUCAGAAUCGUUUUUCGCUAGCAAUGGUUAAUCGUUGCGUACAGAUAUACAUUAAAUUCGCCUCUACAUCCUACAUUCCCAACUAUUGCCGGACAACAGUGGCCCACCAACCGUGCGAAGUGUGUCCGUCUGUUUUUUAUUUUACGGUUUAAUAUCACAAUAAGCACUCAAAUAUGGCCCUCUAGUUAUUUUUUACAUGGGUAAAAUCAAUGUUGACAAAGUUAUUGGCCGCAAAACGUAAAUAAUAACGAAAUGUCCAUAAAUCGUGAGCGUGAAAUUUAUCGGGUACCGUUGAAACAAUCGUUCUGUACGCGAUCAUAUUUGCGUUUCGUGGCCGAUAUAACUUCAUGGUCAAAAUUGAUUUUCUUCUCUUCGACCAUGGGACCCAACUUAUUUGUUCCAUAUUAUAUUCUGAUGGUUUAUCAUUUUUAUGUCGGUAAUUGUUGUUCAGCGAUAAUUUAAACCGUAGAAAAACAAAAAAAAAAAAACCGCACACAAAUCGCGUUAUUCGCCCGUACAAUCGUUGCGCGCAAACUAUUAUUUGUAUAACAAAUAACUUCUAUGCAACGAAAUAUACGAUUCACUUUGUUUUGGUUCGACGUUCAAGGGGCGUAAUAUUGUUAAGGCAUAAUAACGUUAAUAAUAAUAUUGUUCUUCGACCCGGCACUUUUCUUAGUCACGCGCUAAUACCGUCGCCGUUCGUUGGGAACACGGACGUUAUUGAUGUUCGCGUAAUGCGCGGACGCCCGAGCUUUACGGGCACGUGCCGUCCGUUACGUAUAUAUAUUACGGUAUCAGCGUUUUACUGUAAUGGCGGGUCGCAUCGCGCGGACGGGUCGCGGCGGGGAACCGAAUUCGCGUGUCAUCCGUCGUUCUCACGGCGCGACGACGGCGGGAACGUGUCGAUAUUGGAUUACGCGGGCAGGCGCACGCGGACCGCCGUGUUUACUAUUACGCGGCGACGAAGGACUCGCCCGAGAAGCGGUUGCAUCACUUCGCGGUUCGGUCGUGACAACACGACAGUAGUUUAUUACCGCGCGCGCGCGCGUUUGUUGUGUGUACGCGUAUUGGAAGUAGGAUAAGGCUACCGGGACGGGCGGGCGGGCGGGCGGGCGGGCGGUCGACGACGGCGGCGGCGGCGUAUGUAGGCGAGGGAACGGCCGUGUGGAGAGAGAAAUCGAAAACGGACCGCCGCCGCGGCACUUCUCGUUGUGUGCAGUAAGAGUGAAAGUCACGGCGAGGCCGACGACCGGCGCUCUACAUUAUUGUAAACGGCGCGGCGACAAACAAUACGCACGAAUAAUAAUGCCCGAUAAAAACGAGUGUAGAAAAAAAAAAAAAAAAACAAUACUUAAUGAACAAAUUACACGGCCGGAUAUCUGUUUCCGUUGUCGACCGCGUUAGCGAAUAAUAGAGUGGAGCGCAGAACUAAUAGCGUAGUAUAGUAUAGCAGAAGAGUACCGGAGGUGGUUCCGUUUUCCCGGUUUUCUUCGUCUGCGCGCGGCCGCCUUUCCAACCCCCCCCUUCCCUCUUUUUUUGCUUUUACGCUCAAACUCCUCCAAAUGUGUCUAUCGGGUCAAUCGGGCGCGGUUUUUCGUUCCCUCCGAAUCUUCCCCCGAAACAGAGACAAUCUGAAACGACCGGUAGCGAAACAACGUUUCGGUGGGGCAGAGUUGGUGUCUACCGGGGAAUAUCCGGACCACAAUCCCGAAGGUACGAAGACCUAACCCGGUUGUCGGUGCGAACCGGACGCGUGUACGUGUAAGAUGUGUAAGACAUCCGUGUUUGGUUGGGCGUUUUUCGAGGCGGUUUUCUGUGUUGGAAUUGACACACGGUAAAGUCCAUUGGACGGCACAGUUAUAAAGUUCCCUACCGCGCGCGUCCAUUGGAUAAUAAAAUGGUGAAUUAUUGAAUUGGUAGAUUUUGUAACCAAAUUUUAUACAUUUAUGUGGACAGGAAAUAUUCUCACUGGGCCGGAUGGGGAGAUGGACAACCGGUAAAAGUCCAAAAGUCUAGAGGAGGUUAGGUGCGCUCAUGGAGCUAUUUUUUUUAAAGGAGGAGGGGUGUGAUCGCGCAACGUGUUUAUUCGCUGAAAAAUGCCCGGGAACACAAAUCGUGAAUUUUCGGUGUUUAUACUAAGUACAAGUGUAUAACUAUAGCAAGCACGCAACCGGAAGGGGAGUCGUGGGGUUUAUAUUUCACCCACCUCCGAAAUGAUUAUAUAUAUUAUGUAUCUACAAAAACAUUUUAAGUUUUAACAUAACUAUUUUGAAAUAUUUUGUCAUUUUACUCCGCCCCCUCCCAUAAUUAUAAAAUCAUAACUACGAUUUGUUCAUGAUAAUAUGGCAAAAAUAUUUAUAGCAUUCGCUCGUAUAACGAUUUUGGUACUCAAUAGCUAAUGGCUUAAAACCGUAACCUUGUAUGCUGCUAUUACCAACAGUGACGUAUCCAGGAUUUUUCAACGGGGAGAGAAAUGCUAUUUAUAUAUUAGUAAAUGAAACUUAUAAGUGUGUUAAUAAGCGAAUGAAAUAUUUCUACAUCUAUUAUAAUGUACUAAAAUUCCUUUCUUGACGUUUAUUUGCGAAAUAUUUAACUGCGUAGUACGAUUUUAUUUUGAACUUCGUUGAGCAAGUAUAAUUAUUGAUAACUAUAGUGUAAAUGUACAAUAGUUAUUAUACUCAUCCUAUUAGUAAUCAUUUUUCGAAGAUCGCACAUAGUGUAUAUUAUUUUGUUUGUGUAUUAAUGCGGUAUACUGAUGUUGAAGGAGAGGGAGUACUAAAGAAACCUUAGCUCUCAUUAGUACGUCACUGAUAACUAACAUAUAACGUCAACGGCUUUUAAUUUUAAUCAAAUUCUGCAACUUAAAAACUAUUGGUCGUCUUCGGAACGCGUUCGUUUCUCAAUCUCGCGUGUAUACCCAAAUAAUUGAUUUUGUUAUAUAGGUACUAUGUUAUAAUACAGAGGCAACGCAAAGUAUUUUAACCUUGAAUCACCUAUUUAAUUUUCUAUAACCACCCACCCACCUCUACCAAUAAUACCCCAAAAUCUACAAAUCAAGGAUAAAACCAAGUUUCCUUGGGGGUCAUUAAUGAAAUUUAUCAAAUUUUCACAUUCUAAAAUUAUUUUAAUGAAUUUUUUUGUAAAAACAUACUAAUUUUUUAAUAUUUCUGAACACCUAGGUACCCAAUACCUACCUACCUAUUUUUUCGCGAAUCGUGUGAUUCAAAAAUAACUUCUUCGCGCCGCCACUGUUACAUUAUACAAUAAAAUUAUAUAAUAUAAAAUCAAUGCGCAAACUAUAUUUCUAAUUUCUCAGCACCCUUAGUACUUUUGAUUAAACAUAUAUAGUUGAUGCGCUUUUUCUAAAAUCCUAAAAAUUACCCAUAAAGUGGCAGAGGGGGAAUAGUCACCCUGCCUUUAGAUGCCUCUACCGCGUGCCAUGCCAUAAUGAGCCAUCGGCCGAACGAAUAAUAAUCGAUAUUCGAAGUAUUGUAUUGAAAUAAUCGGUUGAUAUAAUAAAAUAAUUCAAAUUAAAACUAUAGAAUACAAAAUGAAAUCUGUUUUCAAAAUCAAAAGCCAUCAAUUCCAAGCGUUGCACUAUAUUUUGUUCGGCUGCCAGGGUCAAACACGUAUACUAAAACGGCUCAUAUAAGCCGCUGAAAAAAGAUACGAUCUGAAAUGAGAUGUCAUCUUUUUCGUUUCGGCAAGCAAUAUGUUGAUAAUAAUAUUAUUAUAGGUAUUUGUACUGUGCACCGCCUUUGAUUUGGUUUCUACACACGAUUCAAAUUCUAUUCUCAACCAACCCCCUUCCCCCAAAUUGAAAAAUCUUAGGCACGUUGCUAGAUGGAGCUUGCAGAAACUAAUCGUCGGACGUCUGCCGAGUGUGUGUCGUUUUCGAUCGAGGAUCACAAUCGAAUGUCAUGUAAUCGAAAUUUUUCAUAUGAUCGAACGGUUUUUCAAAUAAAAAAUUGACAUUUAGCUGUGAUUAUAUCUAAAGGCGUAACUAGUAUAUUUUUAAGUUGCUGCGACUUGAACUUACUGACGGAUCGUCUCUUUUGACCCCAAAAAUGUCUGUUACUUGGUUAUGAUUUUAGGGGCAAAUUCCCCCUAACCCCCUUCCUAGUUACACUGGCGAUUAAUAUUUUUUACUUGGAAGUUUUUUAAGAAACGUACAAUUGUUCGUAUUUUAUUUUACACGUUUGUGGUUUUAAUUAUUUUACGAAUAUUGGUGAAAAAUUCGAAAUUACGAUAAGUUCUACCGUUGGAAUUUCGCGAUAAAAUAUUUUUCGACGAAAACACAUUUUGAUCGUAUUUUUUUUUUUUUUUUAUUAGACAUAAUAUCCAUUCAAUGGUCAAAAAUAUUUCUAAAACGGCAGUUUCCGAAUGGAAAUUUCAUACUGACGUCACUAUACAUAAUAUAAAACGGAUCGCGAUCGAUGAUUAUUCUUCUUAUUCGUAUAUAAUAUGUUCUGUGUUGUGAUGAGUAUACAGGGUGAACAGUGUACUAAUUUUAAAAUAGAAAACCCGCGUUUUAAAACUCCAAUUCGAAAAGAUAAUACUUUUCUAAACAGAAAUGUAUGUUCACGUUUAUAAUAUUUUUUGUUUCAAAUUUGAAAUUUUCGCGAAAAGCACUGUCGAUUAAACUAGUCUAUCGCAACUGGAAAAAAAAAAGUAUCCGCGAUUAUGUACGAUUUUCGUCAAAAUGUUGACUUUAUAGGCUUAUAAAGAAAACUAUACUACCUGUAUGCGAAUUUUUUUUUCGUUUACCACUUACGAAUUUUGAUUAACCUCGUGUUAAAUUGUCGAGCAUUUUUUCCGGAUCAAAAUAAGUUACUUAAAAUUCACCAGAAUGUUUUUAAAAUUGUAACCGUCAAUCAUAGGAAAACUUGGCUACUAUCAGAAACGACAGAAACCACCCCAUAGAAGUUGACGCCGGUAUAAGAUUUCUGGUAGAAGAUUGUUCAUAACAAAAAAAAAAAAAGGGAGUGGGGAAAAGCACAGAAUCUAAAUCAAUUCAAAAAUUGUCAUAUAUACAGCAUAAUCCUCAGAUUGCACAGAUAAUUAAAAUAUCAAAAAUCUAUUUAGAUAGCUAAUGAUAAAAGACAACUAUCGUUUAUUUAAGUAAAAAAAAAAAAAAAAACAGUCACAUUUUUCGAAAACAAUAAUGAUUGCAUUUUAAAAUAUCCAUUAUCAGACUUAAUAAGAAGACCAUUACCGUCACAUGUAUAUGAAAGUGCGUAGGUUUUAUCUUUUAUCCAUUAUUUAAGUUUUAAAGCGAUAAGAGAGCGUGUGAAAUAGCACAAAUUAAAUAUGCUUGUAUAUCUCGUAAUAAAUGUGAAUAUCGGAAAAUAAAUCUGCGUACAAAUAACACACAGAUCAGUGGUGUACUCGGAGGAAGGGCUUAGGGGGCUCUUCCCCUCGUUGGCCGUGGGAAAUACGAAAAAAUAAUAUUACUGUUACGAGGCCCCUUUACUCAGCUUUGACAAAUCAUUGCUAAUAAGAUAAUAAUCAUUGCGCCCUAAUUAUUCAGCUGUGUACAAUAAUUACGUAUUUUGUAAAAAACGGUUUUUUCGAGGUUUGUUAAUUUAUCUUCUCUUCCCCCUCCCCCAUUUACAAAUCUUGGGCGCGCCACUGAUAUAGGAUGUAACGUUCGUAUAAGUUCGAUCAUGAUAUAUGUGUCAAUGAUUAAUAUUAUUAUUGUUGCCGUUCUAAUAACAUUAUACAACUAUAAAAAAAAAGCAACAAAAUCGAUUCUGUCGAACGCGAAUUCGGUAUGCCGUGCGCGUUUGUAACUCAGAGACGACAAACGCAUAGUUUAUAUUUUAAUUUUAUUUAUUUAUAAUUGUUUUAAUUUAAAGUGUAUGUCGUGUACAACGUAAACAGUAAUAAAUAAUAAAAUAUCGGACGGGUACAAGUAUGUACAGGAAGAGUUCCCGUUUCGUGACGGAAGUAUAAUUAGUCGAUUUCUCGACCUGCCUCCCCCCCCUUACCCUCCUCACUCCCUCGUUAAACAAUCGCAAUUUUAUUGCCCAUAGUCUUGUAUACACAAGCCGUACGUACAUUCGGUAUAAUAUACGUUAUCGUAAGCGCGAGACUACAGACGUGCGUGCGUUCGGACGGAUCGAGUAAAUAAUACAAAUAAUUAUUACCAUUAUGAUAUAGCCGUGCGUGUAAAACGACGUUAAAAAAUCGCGAUCCAUCGAAAAUCUUCCGGAUCGCAGCAAUGGAAUCUACUCGUAAGUAUAAUAUUAUUAUUGUUACCUGUAUAUUAAAAUAUGUGUGUACAGGUGUGUACAUGUGUGCCCCACGGGCAUCUACCUAUUACGAUAUCUCCUGCGAUAUAAUAGUGAUAAUUAAUUUUUUUUGUUUUCAUUUAUUACUCACAACGAUAAAGAAUACCAAUAUUCGUAUUCGAAUUAAAUGUGUGUGCUUUGGAAAAAAACCUAAAAAAAUAAAUGUUCAGUUUAUAAUUAACGACAAAUUUGAAGAUAGACAUUUUUAUAGAUUUAUUCUCGGCCCAUUUUAAAUUUUUUUAAGAAUAAUAAACUAAAAAUUUACAGUUUUUUUACUAAAACAUAAUAAAUUAAUUUUGAAAUAUAGAAUAUUUGUAUGUAGUCCUUAUCCGUGCGAGUAUUAUAAAAUAAAAUCGAAUUCGAUUAUCUUUAUUAUCUCAGGAAAUAUUUAAAUGGGUACAUCUACAUGGGACACACUAUAUAUAUAUAUACUAUGUAAUAUCCUCGGCGGUCCUGGGGAAGAAGGGUUUAAGUCGAUUACUUAUAGUUUUCAACAGGUACCUAUGAAACAAUUUAAAUUUAAAAACGCGCACUUAUACGCAAUUUAUGCUACCGAAAAAAUACAAGUAAAAUAAUGGCAUUAGAAAAAAUUAUACAGAAAAAAAAACAAAAUUAAGUCCUUCUCAUUCAAGAACAAAGAUAUUAUAGCAUCGUGAAGCAAAUGUAAUUAUGUCUAUAAAGCCGUUCAUUGUUUACGGUUAGUUUAUUAUUAACAUAGGCAGCCGGGUUGCAAAAAAAAAAAAUCUGUCCUAGGAUAAUGGGGACGGGUGCAGCCAUUGUUAUAGGUAAUUUAAUGUACACCUGUAAACAAUGAUAAAACAAUUGCUAACGAAAAAAACGAUUCUGAGCGCAGUUCAAUUGAUAGUGAUGCUUUGUCAACAAUAUAUAUGUCAUAUUUUGGUAAAAUAAUUAAAUAGGCAUUAUAUAUUUUCUUUAUUAAUAUUUGUUUGAUGUACUGAUUUUCCCGUUUUUCCUACGUUUUUCCCGGUUGUUCACAUUUUCAUGGAAAACUCUUGGGAAUAUCGAAAAACGACCCUUGUAAAGCACCUUCCCACACCGAUUUACUUUCAGAAAAGAUGCUAUAUAUACAAAUCAGAGCAAGGUCUCUGGUAGAAAAGUUAUCCAUAGAAAAAAAAAAGAUCUUUGUAAAACCAUAAGCUUUUUCUCUUCAUUUAGAAUCUAAAACAUUUUCAAACGUGUUUUUUUUUUUUUUAAAAACAUUAAAUUUAUAAAGCAUCAUAUUAUAAUAUCAUAGCAGUUGAUUAUAAAUAGAAAUGUGCCACGAUUAAAUUUUUUUAAUAAUAAAAUAACAAUCGAAAAAAAUGUAACUUCUUUGUCCAAUAGUAAUAUAAACUGGCUGUUUAUGUUUAUUUAUAUUUCUAUAAUGAAUAAGAACUAUAAUACAAAAUAUCUCCAUUAUUCGGAACAUAUCAGUCAUUUCGAUUUAAAUUUUUAAACGUUUUAGCGUUUUAAACAAUUAUGUGCAAAACGUUUCGAACGUAGGGACUUAAAACACAGUGUUUAAAACACUUCGCAACACUGAUAGACAGUAACGUAUACUAAUACAAUAAUAUUGUAACGAUAGCGAAAAUAUCAAAAAUGUCGCGACCCGAGUUCGAGAAUCCGGAUUUCGUUUAGUAAUAUAAUUUCGAUUAGACUGUCGCAGAUUUUCGAUUUUCAACAGUUACGAGCGUUUUCCACAUACCAAUUUUUCAAUCACUGUGCGACUAAUGAUUAUAUUAUAAAAACGGUUCUUUAAUAAUAAAUCAGACAUACCCUAUAACUUUGUAGGUAUUUGAAGUGUGUUUAAAUAUAGUUGUAUACAAUUGAAAAACUACAUAAUCGUAUCACUAUAGAAAUCCGAAAUCUGCAGAAAUCCGGAUUGUGAUGUCACGCAACACAUCAUUGUAGUAUAUUACCUAUAAUAUAGAUAGUAACAGUUAGAUACGUAGUCAAUUAAGAUUUGUCACCAUUUCGAAUUUAAUAAUAGUAUUAAUAUUAUUGUCAGUAAAUUUCGUGUCGAACUCUCCGACUCGCAAACAGUAUUGGCAUAAUACAGGUUCAAAUCAACUUGAUAAAUUCGAGUUUCUCAAGUUAAACGAACCGAAAAAUCCUCCCAAAAACUAUUUUUUACUGAACUAAUAACGAAAAACAAAAUUUAAAAAAAAAGACUGAUAUACUUCGUAGGAUGGAUGAGUCACUGUUGUAGGUGAGAAGUUUGGAAGGUAGGAUAAAUAUAGUAAUUCAACGUAUUUUUGUAUGCAACGAUUAAUCAUUGCUAACGAAAAACGAUUCUGAGUGGAAUUCGGUUAUAUAUUAUAUUUUGAAAAGUCAUAAUAUUCACGAUUUUCGUCAUCAUUUGACAUUAAAAUUCUUAUAAUAAAAAAAAAACUACAUUGAAUUAUAAUGUAACGGCGUAAUGAUCACUAAACUACGGACAUACAUAUGCAUUUGAUAAUUGCAAUCGUCGCUAUUAUAAUGUAAUUAUAAUGUGUAAAACUUAAUAAUACUUAAGUACCUAGGUAUAUUGAAUUUUCGUUGAAAAACUGCAGCAGUUAAAUUAUAAUAACGACACAUUAUUAUAGAAGCAUCGGUACCUGUAAUAUAUUUGUCGCGGUCUUUGGUGAUUUGGAAGUAUAUAAUUAUUAAUAUUCCUUUACUACUAGCUCCUGAAAAACUGUUGGUUUUUUUAGAUUCUGUGUGGAGCGAAUAAGUUUAUGAUUUUACAAGGAUUUUUAACUUUUUAUUUCUGCAGUGGACAACUUUUCUACCAGAAAUCUUGCUACGAUUUUUAAAUGUAGCAUUCUUCCUGAAAGAAGAUCGUACUAGGGAGGCGUUUUUUUAAUUUUCCCAGGAAUUUUCACAGUAGGAAAAUAUGGGAAAAAUAUGGGAAAACUGAGAAAGACGAGAAAUUAGGUACGCAGUAUUAAACAAAUUUUAUUAAAGAAAAUAUAUAAUGCCUAUUUAAUUAUUUUACAAUAAUAUGACACAUAUAUUGUUGAAAAAGCAAUACUAUCAACUGAACUCCGCUCAGAAUCGUUUUUUCGUUAGUAAUGGUUUAUCGCUGCUUACAGACAUACAUUAAAUUUCUCCUCCCAACUUCUCAACUUUCUCAACCUUCCCAACUUCUCUACUACAACAGUGGCCCACCGACGAUGGGCCCAUGAUGUGAAGUAUGUCCGUCUUUUUAUUAUUAAUAUUAUUAUUCUCAUUGUGGAUUUUCAUUGAGAAUAUUUAUUAUGAGCGAAAAACUAUACGGUCCGGAUGCGUAACGAGUUCGCAUGAUAUUCCCCUCUGGCCCCAGGGUAUUUCUAUCAUAUAACAAUAGGAACAAAUAAAUUUCGGACCGGAAACUACCAAAAGUUAGACCACAUCAAUGGCCGUUCAUUGUUAAACAUUUGUAAACCGCAUUUACUGUUUCAGCUUAUACAACUAACGGAAAAUAUAGCGAAAUAUAUUACGUUACACAGCACAAACAUUUUGGCACUUUGGUCGCCAAUUUAAACACAGAUAGCGGAAUUUAAAUAGCAUGAUAUCGAAAGCGAGUAUUUUUUUUGUUUUUCUAAAAUAUUAUCGAACGUACAAUGGCUGAAAUCGUGUUGGUUUUUACUAUUUUUAAAUAUCUGUAAUUUUUAGGUUCAAACGAAUCGUAAAAAGUAGCGUUUUUUUUAAACCGAAUUUCGUCUUUUCAGAUGAUUGAGGGAAGGUAUGGGUAGGGUAGGGUACAACCGUAGGACUAGGGAUAAUGGGUAAGAAUUUUUUUCAAAACAUGUAUCAGCCAACUUUAUUCCAAAUCGUUUUUCGUUAUUGCUUACAAGUAUAUAAAUUAAAUAACUUUGCGUACUUUCCUACCUUCACGACUUCUCACCUACAACAGUGGCGCACCCGUCCUCAGUAUCAGAUUUUUUUUUUUUUAAAUUUAAUAUUUCAUUGAAUCUACAAUUUUAUUUCGGUAAAUUUAGCGCUAGACGCACGAAAUUCGCGCCGUUUUCCCAUUAACUUGACAAAAUAAAACUACUCGGUUAUGUCAACGAAAAAUGUAACGUCCAACCAAUGAUUAAAAUUAUUAUGUAUUGCCUAUAUUUAUACACACAACUGCACAAGACGGACUCGCAUGCGUUCAACUAAACGAAUAACAGGUGAAUCGCGGACUUCCGCGUGGGCGAGCUCUCACGCGAAAAAAAAACUACAAUAAUACGUAACGAUAAUUAUUAUCCGGAUUCGUUCAUACAGGGUGUCCCACGAAGAAAUACUUAUUGUAAUAUCUCCGUAGAUAAUAUAAAGAUAAUAAAAUUCUGUUAAUUUUUUCCAUGUUAAACGCGAAGAUUUGAUAUUUUGUGUUUUGGUAAAAAAUGGAAAAAAAAAAAUAAAAUAUGACUUUGUAGACUAUUAUUUUUGAAAAAUUUGAAGAUGACCAUUUUGUAAAAUUUAUUCUUCUAAACAUUUUGACGUAUACAUUUUUUUUUCUAUUAAAUUCGUAGUUAUUAAUAGAUUUUUAAAGUUCAUAGAAACGUACCUACAUAUAGUUAUGCAGCAGGCUGUAAUCACAUUCGCUAAUUGAUUGUUAUUAAUAUUAUUAUUAUUAUUAUUAUUAGGACUAAUUGGCCGCACAUUCUUUUUCUUUGAACUUUAAAAAACUAUUAAAAACCGCGAAUUUAAUGGAGGAAAAAAAUUAAUCCGUCAACAUUUUCAGAAGAAUAAAUUCUAUAAAAUGGCUAUAAUAAAAUUAUAGAGUUAAAAUGGUUAAUACUCAUAAAUAAACAUAGUAAAUAAAUUUAUAAAUAAUAAAAUGUACCUAUAGAAUUAAAAAAUAAAUAAAUGAAUGAAUGCGUCGCCUGGAGUAUUAUGAUAAGUAUAUUAUACAAAAAUGUGGAACGCUUCACGAUUUUACGUGUUAUCCUUGCGCAGGGGCCAUACUAAAAGUUUUUUUUUACCAAAUCAUAAAACACUAAUUGAAAUAAAAAUAUUUGUAGUCCUUACCCGUGUGAGUAAUAUUAAAAGAGCUAAUACUGGAGAUGGGAGCGGCUACUGUUGUUGGUGAGAAGUUCGGAAGGCAGGAUGCAUAAGGUUAUUUAAUUUAUAUCUGUAAGCAACGAUAAACCAUUACUUGACGAAAUUACUUGAUGGUUCUGUACGCAGUUCGGUAAUAAAUAAUUUGAAGUGCCGUCAUUUUGAAAUCGUGAAAUUAUAUGUUUUCUUACUUUUUUUUCCCACUAAAGUGCUUUCAUUUAAAAAAUGACGUCGUUAAAGUAUACAAUUUAGACAACUUAAGCUUUCAGAAAUUUGUUACACUUGAAAAUCGGAUAAAAAAAUUAAAAUUUUAGAAAAAAACGUGUCCACAGACUAGAACAAAGCAUAAAGAAAGAAAAAACAAUAAACAGCAUUGUAAAACCAAUAGAGCUCCCUGGCUACGCUCGGAAUCUAAAAGGAACAAACAGAAUAUUGCAGAUAUUGCAGUGGGCAUGUCUUUGUGGGACACCCUGUAUCAUAGGAGUGGCGCGUUAAUACGUAUAACAUAAUAUAAUAGCAUAAUGAUAUAUUGUAUUUUAAGUAUCUCGGUUACGCGAACGUUACAGAAAAAAAAAAAAAAACAAAUUGAAUAUCUCUUAGCGCGAUAUCGUGUCGACCGUUUAUAAAUAUUUCCGAAUCGUCCGACCGCGUAUAUCCGGCAUCGCUAUACAAAUACUAAUUGCAUUACCUAUGUAUUACGAUAUAAUCAUAUUGUGGCGAAUACCGGACCGGUUAUGUCCGUGGGAGUUACGUGUAAAACAUAAAAAUAAAACCAUUGCUUCUCCAGGCCAACAAUAUUCGUAUUUCGUAUGUCCGGAGGAAGAGUUCGCGAGCAUCUUGUAACGGAGUUAAUUAGCCCAUUUCCCAAGAGGCCUGCGCAGUCCCGCGCCGUUAAACAAUCGAAAUCGUUACGUAAUUAUUGUUCUCUACGAAUCGUUUUUCGUUUGUUAUAAUUAUAUAAUUUUCAGCGGCCUUUUAUACGCACCAUAGACCGCGACCGUCCGCCGGCAGAGUCGACAUUUCGAUAUUUUUUGCAUCGUGGAGAGAUAACGCGUAGCUAAAACGCUUACUUAACACUGCAGAACACUCCGUAUCACGAGUAGAUUCGAAGCGGACCGAGGGAUCUAUUGGUUUUCUUAUGGCGUGUGAUUUUUUUUUUCUAUCUGUUAACAACUUUUCAAGAAGUAUACGUGCUCCGAUUUUCAAGUGUAGCGCCUUUUCUGAAAGAAAAUUUUAUCUGAACGGUACUUUAAGGAAGUCCUUUUUUGAUUUUUCCAGAAGUUUUCAUAAUAAAUGAGAAAAAACGUAGGAAAAACUGAAAAAUGUAUACGAAAUAUAUUAUUUUCAAAAUCUAAAUAUUAGUCUAUCAAAACAUGUAUAACCGAACUCCGCUCAGAAUCUUUUUUAAUUAGCAAUGAUUAAUCUUUGCGUACAGAUAAAAAUUCCCCUCUACCUUCCGAACUUCUUACCUACGACAGUGGCCCACCCAUCGUAUGAAGUUAUCCGUUUGUUUUUUUUUUUUUCAUUAUAAUUUAAUUUAAAAAAAAUAUUCGUACAAAUUUCAAAUUUCGACAAAAAUCAUACAUUUGUUUUUUCUAUACGUGGUAAAACUUUUAUUGAGCCAUCAUUGAGCUAUUUAUAGAAAUUUUAAUUUUACGAUUUUUUUACGUAAUUUUUAUUCAAUAGGUACUCUAAAGUAAAAUUGUUAGACUUAACAGAAAUGCUUGAAAAUUUAACAGGAGGUUUAUUACAAGUCGUACUUAUAGUGAACAAAAAAAAAAGCAAUGUAGGUAGUAUUUCUUUUUUUCUUUUGAGAACUUUAAAAUCAAAUUUUGGAGAAAAUCAUAAAUAUAACGGCCUUUCAAAACAAGUAUAAAACUGUUGUAUAAGUAUAUAUACCACUGUUUCGCCCUCUUGAUAUACAAGACACUAAAUUGAAAAAAAUGUAUGGUUCUUUUUUAAUGCUUAAUUAAGGGGUUUCUUUAGAAAAUAUUUCAGUAGAUAGUAUUUUUAGAUUUUAUUUUUGACUAUUAUAUAACUUCACUGUGUGUGUUUAAAAAUAACGUUGAUACAUAAUAAUAUAAAUAAUACUAUAUAUGACGUGUGUAUGUUAAACUUGUGAGUUUGUGUGUAUUUAUUUAUAUUGUUCAAAAUCAUAAUUUUAGAAAAAGGUAAUUAUUAUCAAACAAUGUAUUUUUCUUGAUUUAAUAUUAAUAAUACCCCUCCCCCUCCCCCCCGGAUAAAAUCGUCUGAAAGAAACACUGUAUAACAGUAUAACCUAGUCGUUUUUCAUCAGCAAUAGUUUAUUGUUGCUUACAGAUAUAAAUUAAAUAAAUGUAUAUGCACAACUUCCAACUUCCAAUUUUCCACCCACUAAACACUAUCCGUUCAACGUCUAAAUAAAAUUAUUUUUGUUGAUUAAUUAUAUGAGCCGUGACUAAGUAGAUUUGCCCUAAUCUUAAAUUAAAAUAUUAUAUUUUAUGGUUUUUUCCGGCACGAGGAAUAUCUUGGUUUUAACUUUUAACUACACGGUGUGUGCUUUUUCUUUUUUAACGAGUCUUUGGCCAGAAGACUUGCUCCGAUGAAAAACUUCAUACGAGAUGUCUGAAAUGACUUUAAAUCUAGUUAAUAGUGUCAAAGUGGUAAUUUUUUUAAACUCAUUGUAAUCAUCCUAAUAACCAGGUGAUAAAAGUUAUGGAAAUGUAUUGGUUUUUCGUUUCAUGUAAAUUUCAAAUUUGUUUGGUGCCCAUAUUAUAGUGAUAGGUACAACUGAAUUGUCUAACUAUUCGAUGGUUGUCGCAUUCUAAAUAUUUGAAGAAUUAAAAACUAUUUAAAUAGUUUAACUAUUUGAUUAUGGAAAAGACCCAUACAAAUAUUUUUUACUCGGUUAUGGGGAAAACUUAUUUGAAUAGUUUUUCAAAAAAUUGAUCAAAUUGUGUUAUUUAUUUAUUAAAAAUAUUCGAUAGUUCAUCCAAACUAUCGAUAGUUUAAACAAUUCAGUAGUACCCAUCGUUAGUGCCUAUCGUAUACAUGUUUGAGCGCAAUAGACCUUUUUUAAAGAGUUUGAAGAUCGAAUUUUGUCGAAAUUCGUUAAAUCGCGGACAAUCGAAAAUAAUUUAAUAAUUUUAACUUCCACUUGAAACGGGUUUUUAUUGUUAUAUCGCUACAGUUAUAUUAUAAUUUAAUAUUAUCGUUUGUUUUUGCGCGGGACGGGAUAAUAAAUUAUAUUGUCUAUAUACGAGUCCCAAGUGAUCAAUAAUAACAAAUAAACGGACUGAUAAAUGGAAGGAUAAGAGCCAUCCAAAAAUAAUUACUUAAUUCACGACCCUUAUAGCUGACCGUCUACCUAGGUAGACCUGCCCAGAAAACAAUGAUGGGUAUCACUCAUAAAUAAAUUUCGAUCUAGUCAAGAACGCUGCGCGUACCUCAUGAAGUCAUAAACGAACGAUGACGCAUAACGUGCAAGAGUGCCACUUGUAUCCGUUCGGAUUGGGAAUUGGUUAAUCUUCACAAUUCAGAAGAUGGAGCUGCAUAGUGUUCGGUUAAGUCAUCACUAUACCUAUUGGAUAGUGAUAACAUUGACCUAACCUACCGAUACCUAUAUCACCAAUGUUGCCAUUAUUAUCACGAUGUUUCAACUGGUUUUUUUCUAUGCAUACUUAAUUGUAUGCUAAUAAUAUUGUUAUGAAUCUAUUUAUAGUCAUGCGUUAAAUAAAUAGAUAAUAACCAAUUUGUUUUCGAUGUGUUUAGAUAUGACCGAAACACGAACGACGAUACCAUCCUGAUAUCGACCGACGACACCGUCAUGGUAUCGACCGACGAAACCAUCAUGAUAUCGACCGACGAAAACGACUGCUGCGGUUGCGGUCACUGUAUGACUUGUUGUUACCAGACGGUCGGCGUCUCUCCGACGACGGCUGGUAGGAAGAGUAUGGUCAAAAGGCCGCAGACGGCCACGGCGGAGUACGACGAUCGUGACCCGCCGCCCGAGGCCGCUGCGUUCAUGGCUUCCGCCUCCGCCGCCGCGGUCGUCCUGAUAGCCGCUUUCCUGGCCAUAGUCCUGUCGUCCGCGGCACUGUGGACCUUCACCGUCGUAGUGCCCAUGGCCCACGCCGCCGUGUCCGACGGAUCCCAGGCUGCCGGGUAUCUGCGCGAGUGGCAACAGCAACAGCGACUCCAGCAGUACCCGCUGCAGAAACCCCAUCUGUGGCAACUAGAGCAGCAGCAACACAAGCAGCAGAUACGCUUGCGCAGGCACGGCGAUAACGACGACGCUCUUGCGCGGGUCACGGCGAGACCGAGGCGACAGUUGUUCAACAGAAACGCCAAUCGCGAACCUGGAAUCGUGUCGUUGACUUUCUCACUGAUCGGCGGAGUGAGUAUACACAGCGUUCGGUUUUUGAUUUAAUAACAAAACUAAUUCGACCCAACAAAUUGAAAUGUAUAAAAAUGCAGUUUACUUCAUUCGGCCAAAACUUCAGUAAACUUUGAUGAUAUAGUAUUAAUAAUUGCUGUCAGUUUUUGUUAAAUUUUUUUUUUUUCAUUUUUUCGGGUACAUGCUUAUGUUAAAAUAUUGAAGUUCCCGCCCCUCCGUCCCCCCGGGCAAAUUUACUUCUUUCCCUCUCGUCCACCAAUAAAAUACCGCCCUGAAAAAGUUGUUCGUGUCAGUUAAUAAAAGUAUAUUAUUAUUUGCAUAUUUUGUCAUUCGAAUUCGGUUCGAUUAAAUUGGCGGUAUCUUUUCAUAGAUAUAGGUAACUAAUUUCGCACAUAUAUUUUAUCUAAUUUACGUGAUUUGCGUUGAAAUUCCAAGGGAAAAUGAUGGAAAAUUGAGAAGGUACGAUACAACGAUAAACGAUUCGGAGCGAAGUUUGCAGAUAAACAACAUAUGUUUUGAAAUGUCGUGAUUUUUACGAUUUCCAUUCAUAUUCCUCAUGCAUUAUAAUACGAUUGAUUUUUAUUAAUAAUUAAUAUUAAAUUAAUCGUUACAAGAGUUGACCACACCCGUCUCCAGUAUCAUUUUUGUUAUUAUUUUUUUGGGAGGUAAAAUACCUAUCCAUUUUUGAACUUUAAAUACCAACCAACAUUAAAAAUUCAAUAAAUAAAUGAUAUUUUAGUUAAAAUAACUUUUAGUGUUGACAAUUUCGAUUUCCGUCGACCCCCUGUAUAUUAGAUUUAUAUCAAACUUAAUUACAUGUAUAAUAUUCUGUGCACUGCGGAAAGUCUGAAAAAAUAGUCACUGAUAGACACGUUCGCGAAUCGGUUAAUCGGUCGUCGGCUUUGAAUAAUAUUGUAAAUAACUUUACAAUAAUAUGUCAUUGCGUAAUGUCAUUUUCGUAAACGAAAAUCGUGCAUAGAGGUCACGUGCAUUGUAUUAUAAUGGCCUAUGGGUGUUGCGAACACCCGGGGAGCCUAAAAAAGAAAAAAAAACGAAUAUUCGAUUUUUAUCGACGACGCUUGAGUUUCGAUGUAUACGAAAAUAACAAUAAUGUUUCUAUGUUUGCGGUCGAAACCGAUGGCGUAAUUAAGAAUUUGUUCUGGAGGGAUAUAAUGUUCUAAAAUCACAAUCACAUUAUUUUACACCCCCGCCAGUAGGGGAAGAGGGUACGUUCACUGUUUAAAUUCCUAUUUAAAUCUGCACUAUUCGCAUCAAUCAUAAAUAACAUAAGUCACGUAAAACAAAUUUAAUUAUAGAUUCUGAGUGGAGCGAAGAAGCUUAUGGUUUUACGAAGAUGAUUAUUUUUAUUUUUCUACUGAUAACUUUUCUACCAGAAGACUUGCUCAGAUUUCUACAUGUAACACCUUUUCUAAAAGGAAAUCGGCAUGGGGAGGUAAUUUUUCGUUUUCCUCAAAAGUUUUCUCAUCAAAUGCGAAAAACCGAAAAAAACCGGAAAAUUUACAAAAUAUAAUAAAUAUAAGCGUACUAUUAUUUUUUCUGUAAACAAUUUUUCUACCAGCAAUUUUGCUCCAACAUUCAAUGAUAGCAAUGUUUCUAAAUAGAAAUUUCACUAGGAAGGUACUUUAAAGAGGUAAUUUUUUGGUUUCCCCGAGAGUUUUCCCAGAAAAUGUGAAAAACCGAUAUAAAACACGGGAAAAACGUAUGAUAAACAAAUUGGUACAACAUUAAACAAAUUUUAUUAAAGAAAAUAUAUAAAGCCUAUUUAAUUAUUUUACUACAAAAUGUCAUAUAAAUGUCACAUAAAUUGUUGACAACGCAUCAUUAUCAACUGAACUACGCUUAGAAUCGUUUUUUCGUAAGCAAUGGUUUAUCGUUACUUACUGAUUUACAUUAAAUUCCCGUCUAUAUCCUACCUUCUCAACUUCCCACCAAAACCAGUGUCUGCACCUGUCUCCAUUGUCUUACCUUUUUAAAAUUUAAAAUACAAUUGAUCAUAUUUAUAGUAUAGACUGGGGACGUUGACAAAAAAGGGUUUGGGCGGUUAUCAUAUCUAUAUAAACGUGUCGAUUUCAACACUAACAUAGUGAUGAUACAGUUAGCAAUGAGACUUUAAAAUUAAAUUAUUAUUUCAAAAAUUAACAUUAUAAUUUUACAGGCCACUGAAACAAUUAUAAUGCAUAGUAAAAGUUAUUUACCUUAAACAUUUUCGUACAUGUAUACCCAUUAAAAAAAUGUCACCUCUCGAUCACGUCAUCCACUCGUAUCCAUUCGUAAUUACACUACACAAAAGUGCAUACUACAAUAUAACACGCUUAACAAUAUUAUUACAACGACACUUACUCGAAAUCAACGAAUCCAAUUAUUGUUCUAAUACCUAUUAUAAUAUUGUUAUAUUAAUAUAAUGAAGGGCCGAACGUUAAUUAUGAUUUUAAUUUCGAGCGAAUAUUUCGCCAACGGGUUUUCAAUAGAUUUAAUUUCGACAAUAAUGCGAAUACAAUGCCAAUGUAAUUGAUAUAACCGCCGUGUGUACACGGCAAACGAUUAAUCGAUUCGAAUGGCAUACGUAUAGUAUAGUGAAACAUUUGGUAUGAAAAAAUUCAAGAACACGAGCGGCAAUGACUACUGAUAACUACCGAAAACCCAGUGCCUACCGGGUAUUACUCAAUCUAACCGGGUAUCAAUCUAUACACACUUUUUUUCUUUAUCUGAUUACUCUAUUUUUUUAUUUUUUAUUAUCAACUAUAAAAACUAAUUAUUUGAUAUCAUAAUGUCAACUCAUUAUGGUUGCUCAUUACAAUAUAUGUUCUCAUUUGAAAAACCAAAAAUGAUAUCGCCACAAGAUAAUCUUUAAAUAUUGUUAAAUAUCUAAGUAUUUGGAAAUAUCGGCUUUAUCUACACUUAAAAAUUCCAAAAAUCAAAAAUUGAAUACAUGAAAAAUUUAACCAAAAAUAUGGGUGGAGUAUGCCUAAUGAAUCACUCUGUAUAAUCAAAAAAAUAUUUAUUUUUAUAUUUUUAUUCCAUUUUUUUUUUUUAAUUUACAUAAUAAUUUAAUAAUAUAUUAUAUUUAUAAAAAUAAAAAACACGGGGGCGAAUCUGUCCCUAGAUCCACCCCUAUAAAUACGCCACUGCCAAUAACUAUAAGUACCAAAAUACCUACAAGUGUGCCCGCGGUAAAACCGUCCGUGACGAAGCAUCCUCUAGAAAUUGUCAAACAUUUUCUUACAUUUAUUUUGGUUACAUGUUUACGUAAAUUCGAUGUUUGUGUAAUAGUUUUUAUAAUCGACAUUUUGCACGGGUGUUUAAAUGUUUUAAUCAGUCAUCGGAGAUGAAAAACGUUAUAAAACGCUUACAACGAAAAAAAAAACCGAUAAACUGCAGGGCGCGACGUUCUCUUAACUGACCGAUGAUGACGUUCGCUCGAACCUAAUGAACCCGACGUGACAUUAACUGAGAGAUUACUGGCUGUUAUCAGAACGUACUUAUACAUUACGAUUGCACAUGGGAUAGUGUUUAUAAAAAAAUUAUAUAUUAUGAUUAUGAAAUGCCAGCUAAAUAAUGUUGUCUAAUCCAGCGGCGUUGCUUAACCUUUAUAUCGUGAAUAAUUUUAAUUGCGUCACGCCGACAUAAUAAUAAUAAAAGAAAAAGGACCUAUAAAGCGGUAUAACCCUUGACUCAAUAAUUUUCAUCCUUCAACGUAGCUCCUCGCCGUUUAAGGUAAAAAAAAAAAAAUAAGGCAGCAUGAAAGAGUGGUCGAAUAUAUUGGGUGGCACAAAGGUCCGAGAACCGUCGGUUUAAUUCUAAUCGCGUUGAUUUAAUCGCGUAAUAAUUAGCAUUUUGUUUUACCGUUGUCCAGACGAUCACGGACGCCCGGCAAGCCUAUCGGAACGUGUCGAACAUAGUCCGGGACACCAUCAGCGAGGCGGCCAAAAUCCAGGAGCCCUCGACCACCGUCGCAGCGGACGGCGAUCUGAUGGCCGCCGGCAACACGGUGGACGUGGUCGGUUCGACCACGGCGGCAACGCCGCCCGUUGACCAGCGGGUGGCUGGCCAAACGCUGGGCAGUCUUUUGGGCAGAAAUUACCGAGGGCUGCGUCGGCUGUUCAACUCGGAGCUUCGGUCCGCCAUCAAGGUCGGUAUAGACUUACAUCAAUUAGAUAAAAUUAUAUGUACCGAAUGAAAACAAAUAAGAAAUACCUACCAAAACGGUUUCAAAGACGUAGAUAUUACAAAAAGUAGAUUUACAACAAAUUUGUAUUAUUAUUAUUUAUUUAAAAUUAUCUAUAGAAUAAUUUAUAUUCAUAACAUUCCUUCUCCUUCACCUUCAUUCCAAUUAAUCGGAGUCGAACCCCACAUCGUCCUUGCAUACAUCAGGCCAGUGGCAUAUUUGAGGAGGAAGGGUUGUCUAUCACCUUCUCCAUAAGUCAAUUUGUUAAUGUAGGUAUUCGCUAUAUAUUCACUAAGAUAGAAUAACAAAAAUUUAUUUUUUUUUUUUUAUCACUUAUUAUCUUACUCAAAUCAUUUAAUUUUUUGAAUUCUUUUAUCAUCUCUACUAUGUGAUACAAUUUACAAAUAUAUUCCUCCAAGAAAAUGCACGCCACGGCCACGUCAUGUUAUCCAGGCUUCAGGUAUCAUUUAUCAGGACCUUGAACCAUGGUCAGCAAUACUCAUCGUCUUGCCUUACUUACGCUUUUUUUUUAUUAGAGCUACCGAGUACGAUUUUAGAUAACAUAUAGUCUAUAUUUAAGUAUUAUAUUUUAUUAUAUAAUUUAAGUUUUGUAAUUGUUUAAUAAAAUACAAAGUGGGUUAAUGUCUAUAGUAUUACCAUGUAUUAAUCACUCAGGAUGUCUAACACCUGUGCCCCCCCCGCCUUUCAACGUCACUCUUUUUCUCAUUAUAUUUACUAAAUUUACAAAGGUUAUAAUUUAUGUUUUUUCUUUUUUUUUUUUUUUGUUAUUUUAUGUGAACCAGAGCACGCCAGGCAACAUACGUGAUUUCACCGUUGAGUUAAUGGGCUCUAUCGGACAAAGUCUGAGACCAUCCAACAUCUUCACCCGUGGACCGAUUAACGGCACUUCGACUAACGCGCUGUGAUAAAGCGAACACCAUUUAUUUUUAAAAAAUAUACCGUGUAUUAUGUGUAAACAGAGUGAUUUUUUUUUUUGUUUGCUAUCAAUUAUCUAUUUUUCGGGUACGGAUUUGAUUUCGAUUUUUUUCCCCCAUACAUUUAGAAAUCUAUAGUUGAUUAUACAUUUUAAAUAAUUGUUCAAACAGCUCAAAUGUUAAUUAAUAGAAAUUUUCAACAACAAUUAACUAUAGAUUUCUAAAUGUUUAGCCCUUUUAUUAUUAUCUCUUGAAAAUUCGAACUUUUAACCAUCAUAUGAGGGUUUUAGCGCAACAGUGACCUAUUCCAAUAAAUGGUUAAUGGAAGUAAUAUAGUUUUUAGUUUCUUUGAAAAUUGAUCAACAAAAUCAAUAUUAAAAAAAAAUUAGUAAUUAUUUUUUAUUAAUAUAUAUUGAUACAUCUAAGACAUAAUAUUAAAAGUUAUUUAGAGAAAAAUGAUGCGAAAUUCUCCAAAUUUUUAUUGGAUAGGCCACUUUUGUCCUCACGCAUACUUAUUGUCCAGUAAAUAAACAUGUUUCUUAGGUCAGAUUUUGAAAUAAUUAUAAUUUAUAACAAUAUUAUACAAUUUAACCUUUUAUUAAGAAUAAAAGAUGUUAUUACAAUUCAUCUUUCUUUUAGUUUUGUUGUAAUAGUGUUUUAAUAUAAUAUUGUGAUAACAACAGUGGCCUAUCCCACACAUUACUGUUGAACAAGUCAUUGUUGUAUAGUUGUAUAGUGCUGCCAUUUAGUGUUAAAAUAAAUAUAACGAAAAUAGGCUGGUGUUACAUUAGAAUAUAUUUAAUCCUAAAUAAGAUUGUAAAAUUAUCUCAGUUAAUGAAUUUUGGUGGGUAAGGUCACUGUUGUGCUCAGCCCCUCAUGUAUGAUUUAAGAUUCGGAGCGGGGAAUGUAUUUUGUUCUAAAAACACUUAGGUAUAUUGAUUUUGAAAUUGAACCGAAUCGCUAACAUUACGGAAGUACAUUUUUUAUCAAUUUUGAUUUUAUUAUUAUCAUUUUAUUUACCUACUUCAUACAAAAAAAAACAUACAUAAUUUCAUAUCUUUAUUAUUUUAUCCAGUAUUUAGUUUUUGUAUCCUUUGAAAAAUUAAUAAAAGUAUACUUGUCUUGUAUUAAGCGAUUCAAAUCCAAUCCGAAUCAAAUAUCGUUUCAUCGAAAAGACAGUUUUUUUUUUAUCGAGCGUAAAAAAUAUUAUAAUCGUAUACUGUUUCAAAAUCAAAAAUCGAUAUUUAUUUUAAGUAUACGGUAUAAUUAAAUUUAAAAAAAAAAAAUCACUCUGUAAUAUUUCGUUACGCAUAUUAUAUUAUCAUAAUCGGUGAAAAGUAUAAAAUAAUAUUAUGUUCUUAUGUAUAUAUUGUGUGUACUAUACUGUUAUUUAUCGAUAUUAUAGUCGUUAGAGUGUUGGGGUUGUGUAGAUAAAAUCACCCGAAAUAUAAUCUAGAUAAACUAAAAUAUUGUAUACCUUAAAUUAUUUUUUGUAAAUAAGUAAAAAGUAGAAACUGUAUAGUAUGUAUAUUAUUUUAAUAUUAUUAUUCCUCAAAAGCGUUGGGGUUUUUUUAUUUUUAUCUAUUUGGUAAAUAGUUCACAAAUAUGACAUAAGUAAAUUUGUGAUCUAUUUUAAAUUAUCUGGAUAACUGGAAAUUAUCCUUAAUCUUAGAUAAACUUGAGCCUUUAUCUUUAAAUUUUAUUUGGAUACAAUUAUCGGUUAGAUAAGUAUCGUUCCCUUCACAGAUAUAUUAGUAUAGAUUUAAUAGUAUUUUAUAGACUUAAAGCACAACCAGAACUAACCAAUGUUUUUUUAUAAAUUUUUCAAUUUGUACUUAAAUGUAACAAUCUGUGUAUAAGUAAUAUUAAUUCCAUAGUUGUUAAAUUAGUUAUAUUUUUUUAUUUUACUUAUGUGCCAAUUACCUAAUAUAGCCU